AUGGCCUCUGCGCACCAACCAUCACACUCGUAUUCACUCCCGCCACCGCCUCCCAGCAAUAUGAACGAGUUUCGUUUGCCUUCUCUCAAGGACUUGAACUUCCAGUAUCGCCCUCCUCCGAGCCAAGACGGCUCCGCUCCACCCAAUGGGUCUGGGCAACAAAGCGAACAUCAGCGUCCUUCCCGCCAUGAUUCUUCUUCGUGGAGUCGCUCGAAUUCCUCUAGCUCAGGAGCUCCUGCUCAGCAUCAGACGAGCAUGGCUCCGCCACAGAGCCCCAAAUCUCAUCAAUACCAAAAAACGGAUGCGGCGUACAUGACACCUAUGCCUCCCCAACCGGGGCAGGGUAUGAACGGACUGAGUUCUGGGUCAGGAUCUGGGCGCGAAGCGUCGUCUCAGCAAUCAGGCAAGCGUCCUCGCUCAGGAUCGGUUGUGAACGCCUCUCCUGGGCGUGUACACGUAAGCAGCGCUUCUCCCAGUACGUAUUCACAGCAUGUACCGUAUGCGUCUCAGCCGCCGCCACCAUCCUAUCAGCAAGGGCCUCCGGUCUCUGUUCCACCGUCGCACGAAAGUGUCCAUCAGCCUCCUGGGUACUCUCACCCACCUGGCUACGGGAGUUAUCCUCCGCAUAUGUCCCAACGGCAUUAUCAGGUGCCGCCGCCGCCACAGCCUGCCCCUGUUCAUCAGAGUCCUCCUACAAAUUCGUAUCCGCCUCCUCUUCCACCUGACAACUGGCAGCAGCACCAGCCGCCACCUCAGCAGGCGCAUCAGUAUACUGGUUUUCCCAGGACUACCGCAUUGGUGCCAGCCAAUGUUGAGACGCGAAGCAGUGUCUCCACUCCCGUUGACAAUGAGAAGGUGUCUGCACGUCAAGGAACAAUCUCGGAGAUUCUCAGACAUUGCAAUGUCCUUUACACCUUUGCUAGUCGUUAUGCCCAGCUUCAGUCCAACAUUCCCAACGCCCAACCAUCCCCGCCCGAAUUGCAAGAGAUGACACAUCAUGCCAGCACUGUCGUUCGUCUUCUCGAGGAUCUUCGUCGCUUGAGCGAGCUUGGGGAAGGCAUGCCUAAAGAGAAUGCUCCACCCUUCAGUGUGCCAGAAGAACAAUCUCGUCCUCCCAAAAGACCUUGGGAGGAUAUGUCUCGGGAAGAUAGUCCUGUUCCGGUUAAUUACGCUGAACAAUUCACUCAACCUGGUGACAACAUGCCCUCCACUGCUGAGCAAGACAUGGAAAUCAUUCGCAGCAAGCGUGCGACGAGUACUGGCGGCAAUGUGCCUGGGCAGCCCAAAAGCAAGUACAGGAAACGAAGUCGUGCGACUCCUCCAGGAAAGUGCCACUCGUGUAACAUCCGUGAAACACCAGAAUGGAGACGUGGCCCUGAUGGGGCUAGGACAUUGUGUAAUGCAUGCGGACUGCAUUACGCGAAGCUCAUGAGAAAACGGGACAAGGGGGCAGAUGGCAGGUUGGCGCCUAUCGAUAUGCAGACCCUGCGCGCGUCCACUGCUUCGGCUAGAGGGGCUGAAGGGGAUCAUCCGAGCCCAGGGCUCAUACCUACUACUUAUGAGCAGCAGAAACAGCACCCCCCGCACCAUCCUGGCCAUACUUCCCAGCAUUCACACCCCGUUACGCCUUACCAGCUGAUGCCGGUAAGUUCAGGUCCACCGUCCGCAGGCUCUGGGUCUCAUCAGAUGAUGCCUCCACCGCCCCCUCCGGCCACCCACCAUGAGACCGGUGGUGUUCCACCUCCGCCAUGGAUGACAUCCUCCUCUUCUAACGCUGGGCGGUCGGGUUACAGCUCUGACCAUCAGUCGUACAUGAGGACGUCGCAUACCCCCUCUCACGCACGCGGUUCACCUCAGUGA